GGCAGCAACAACCCCUCUCCAUGGCUGGCUGGGCUGCCAGAGCUGGGGAAUCCUCGAUGGCCACCCGCUGGGGGAUCUGCUCUGCUGGGAAGAUCAGCCACGAUUUCCUGGUGGCUUUGAAAACUUUGCCAUCAGCAGAUCACAAGGUGGUUGCGAUUGCUUCUCGGGACAUCAAGCGCUCCCAAGAAUAUGCUCAGCAUCAUGGAAUUUGCAAGGCCUAUGGAUCUUAUGAAGAACUGGCACGGGACCCUGACGUAGAUGUGGUCUAUGUGGGAUCAGUCCACACCCAGCAUCUUCCACUGACCCUUCUUUUCCUCCGGGCAAAGAAACAUGUUCUGUGUGAAAAACCCAUGGGCAUGAAUGCAGCUGAAGUCUGCAAGAUGAUUCAAGUAGCCCAGGAAAACAAUGUCUUUCUCAUGGAGGGUUUCUGGACAAGAUUCUUUCCUGUGUCUGAGCAGAUCCGAACCAUGGUGUGCCAGAAAUCUUUUGGGGAUUUAAAGGUGCUCAAGGCUCAGUUGGCCAUUCAGAUGGAUGACAUCCCAAGGCUGGUGAAUAAGAAAUUAGGUGGAGGUGUCAUUUUGGACCUAGGUUGCUACUGUGUCCAGUUUGCUUCAAUGGUGUUUGGCCCUGAAAAGCCCCAAAGCAUCGUGGCUUCAGGAUUACUGCAUGAAACAGGAGUGGAUGAAACAGUCGCCAUCAUCCUCAACUACUCAGGAAACCGGCAGGCUGUACUUAAUUGCUCCAUGAUGGUCAGUCUGCCAGGAGAGGCAUUAAUUGGAGGAACCGAAGGACACAUUAAGAUCCCUGACCACAUGAACAGCCCCACCAUUAUGUUUGUGAAAGGGAACCGGUGGGAGUGGCCCCUGCCACCCUCCCCUGAACAUCUCUACUUUGAGAAUGAUAUUGGGCUGCGGUAUGAAGCGGAACAUGUCCGGCAGUGCUUGCUAAAAGAUCUGAAGGAAAGUCCCAUCAUGCCCUUGCACGAAAGCGAAACAAUAGCAACCAUCCUGGACGAGGCCCGAAGACAAGUUGGGGUGACCUAUGAACAAGACAAGCUAUGCAAGGAGACCUCCGAAUAAACUUUUUCCCCUCUGAAAUAUUACAGUACUGGAAGAAAGGCUGUGUCUAUGAAUGGUGGGAGUGUGGUCUGGUUUUCAAAGCUCAUUUCUGAAAAGCAACAUACUACUAGAAAAGUACAUACAGAGUACAUAAGAACAUACUGUAAGUUGAAACUAUUUCUGGCAUGAUGCUGAAAUCACCUUCCAAUUAAUGUUCACAUUCUUAAAACAGCUAGAAGGGCUGGUUCAGCAGGACUCUGUCAUCAAAACAUGAAGGGGUAUCUGUAGCAGAACACAUACUGGCGUGCAAUGCCCCAAAGUGGAGCAGGAAAUGAUGUAUCAGAAUAAUGAAUAUCAGAAUAGUAAGACACAGAAGACUCAUUUUUUAACCUCCCUUACGGAAAUUUAACUCUUUAGCACUAUUAACUGAGCAGACCCUCCCCAAAGAGAAUCUAGGAAUCCCAGCUCUUAUCCCCAUCAGCAAUCCUUUCAAAC